AUGAAGAGGAUCUGAUUAUAUAUGGAUUGGGCUUGGUACAGAGGUUCCCGAGUUACAAACAUGGCAUCAUAUGUGCCUCUCUUUUGAUCUGGAGAAUGGAGAAGUAAAGCUGUUUGAAAAUGGAGAACAGUCACACACAAACAAGCAUGAUUUGUUGAUAAACUUGCAUCAAAGGUUUAGCAAUUCUUUUCAAAUGGCAUCUCCUGGUUGUGCUUGGAGACCAAUUUUCUCUGGCUACAUGUCCAUGUACGGCAAGGUGACAGACAUGCAGAUUUUUAGUAGGAUUUUAACUGAUGAAGAAAUGAUGGAAAUUACAGGAUGUAAAGUGUCAAUGCAGGGAGAUGUUAUCAGUUGGGAAAAUACUGCAUGGAUGUUAGUUGGAAGAAAACAGAUUUCUGAAAGAGAGGUUGUGGAUUUUGAGACUACAGUCUGCAAAAUGUCAACAACAAGCUUAAUCUUUAUUCCUGUAAAAUUAACCUAUAUUCCUGGAACAGAAAACAUGUGCAGAAAGAUGUCAGGACAUCCUGCAGCAUUUCAAACCCAGGAAGAAUUUAGAGACCUGAUUAUCUUUAUCAAUGAUCAAAGAAUAUUAAACUCUGUUUGCUCUACUCAGCUUUUAGAUUCAAACAAAUCUGAGUUCAGGGCUUGGGUUGGAAUUAAUGAUCUAAUUGAAGAAGGGAUUUGGAGAAAUUCAUUUACUGGAGAACAGGUGAAUUAUCUGAACUGGUUACCUAACAGACCUUUCACUGGCGGUGAGAAAUAUAACUGCAUGGAGCUAGUUGCUGAAACAAUUACAACAAAUUCUUCAAUAUCUUUGAUUAGUGAGGGUAAGGUUGCAGAUAGUGAAUGCUCCUAUACCUCAUGCCCUGUAUGUAGAUUAGAACAGACAGUCAGGAAAGUUUCUGUGAGGGGUCUCUGUGCAAAUUCUCUUUUUAACAUCAUGUAUUUGUAUAAUUUGGACUCUGAGGGCAGCAUUUUAUAUUUAGGAAUUUAUUCAUCUUUUGUCACAUUUGAUAAGGCCAGUAUAAUUAUUUGA